AUGCGAUCCAUUCAAAUCAUUACUCUCCUCUCGACUUUAUUCCUAAUAAUAUCCGUUUGUGGAGCUUGGCCAUGGCCACCAUCUGUGAACUUGAUUGAGGCGCCCGUAGCCCGGAGAGACGAUAGCACAACAGGCUCUGCGGCUGCUGCAAAGACGACUGCAGCUGCAGCGAAGACAACGGAUUCGGAUAAGACCACCGCCAAAGAAACCAAUUCAAAGGCCGCAAAAACGACUAAUAGUUCUCCCGAUUCAGCCUCGGCGUCUGCAUCUGCUAGCGGGAGUGACAAGGGAAGCAAAGCAUCUGCCACCAAGACGGACACCAAAUCAAAAACCAAGACCUCGAGCAAAGCCAGCAAGACUUCGUCCAUCAGCAUUGACCCUCGCGUCCCGCCCGGAGGCGUCUCGAUGAUCACGCCUGCCGCUAGUGUUGGAAACCAGUACUACAAGAUUGGUUACAAUGCCACAUUUGCAUGGAACUACACCUCGCUCUCCGUCACGCCAAAGGCAAUCAACGUGCUGGCGGCCUGCAGCGAAAAUUCAAACACCUACACACUUUCUCUAAACCAAAGCGUUGGUACUACCAACAAGAUAACCUGGGAUACAGGUGCAUCUCAGACUGUUCCUUUUGUGAUGGGGACGUAUACUCUCAUCAUCUACGACGCUGCAAAGUCGGUCUCUGCCACUCCUAGCCCCGGUUACCUGGGCACCUACGAUCAGUUCGAAUUUGGAAUGUACAUUCCUCAACCAUACACUCCAUUGAGCGAUUAUCAAUGUGCCACGUGCAAUGGCGCUCUCUCCGCCGCGCAACGUCAAGCUUUCCAGUUCAUGCUCGGCACCGUUUUAAUCACGAUUCUCUCCUUUACCUGGUUCGCAGGUGGAUUCGGCGUCUUCAAUUAA